AGAGCCCCCCGAGCAGAUCGAUCCUGCCCCACUGUCACAGCUACCCUUUUGUUCCAGGUGAUUUUCUCAACGACGCACAUUUUAUCCCUCUGACGCACAAACCAAGAUCGAAAUCGUUUUGACUCGAGAAUUCACAACAGUCGAUCCUCACGAUUUUUCGUUCCAACUCAGAAAUCACAAUCGAGAUCCUACAGCCGUACUUCGAGUUCCAGCAAAGGUUUUGUGCGAUUUUUUCCCGCUGUAUUCCUCCAUUUCCCCACACACCGGUCAUUCCCAUUCACAGAUACAGGAACGAAGAGUUGUGUAAGUUUUGUGGAUCACUUUCCCCUCGAGUUGUUUUGCCACGGUUUGUUCUCCUACCUCUCGGAAACAGCACGCCGUUGACAUCUCCACUCAGAAACGACCGCAAUAUUUCAAUUUGAACACAGCAACUAUAUAGUACACCAGUUCCUCGCUAAUCAGUAAUAGUCUUUCCAAGAAACAAGUUUUCCGGUUUACAAGAUGCAAUUGUUUUCCAAGCUGCUCGUGGCCACGGCCGCGGUCUCCCGCGCCUUGGCGAAGGAUGAGGAGAAGAAGGUGGACGGCCCGGUGAUCGGGAUCGAUUUGGGAACAACCUACUCGUGCGUCGGUAUUUACAAGAACGGACGGGUCGAAAUCAUCCCAAACGAUCAGGUAUGGUUUGCUUUGCUUUCUUAUUUUCACAUUUGCAGCAGUUCUGUUAGCAGUUCUGUUUCUGUAUGAUGUAAAUGUUUCCUGUCAUCUUCCACUUCCCCCACAAUAAUUACUUCAUUAUCGAAAAACCCUUCAAUCCUGAUCUCAGGGUAACCGUAUCACUCCAUCCUACGUCGCCUUCACGGUCGAUGACGACAGCGAGUCGAGGCUUAUUGGUGAGGCCGCCAAGCAGCAGGCCACCGUGUACCCGGAACAGACCUUGUUCGACGUGAAGCGACUGAUCGGUCGACGAUACAAGGACAAGUCCGUCCAGAGCGACAAGAAGCUGUUGCCCUUCAACAUCAUCGACAAGAGCGGCAAGCCCUACAUCCGGGUCAAAGUCAAGGGUAAGUACUAUAGCGUCGUGGAAUUUCAUCUGCUGAUUUGUGAUGAGAUGCAACUGCGUUUGAUUGAGGAAGAAGAUAUGUUUCAACAUCUUGUCGUAUGUGAGGAGAAGCUGUGAACAUACAUUGCUACCUGUCGGCACUUCCGCCUGAUGAGAUGCUACAUUGUAGAAACAAAAAUGUAAUAUCAUCACAAACAAAUAUCAGGUGAGUCCAAGGACAUGGCUCCGGAGGAAGUUUCUGCUUUGGUCCUGGUGAAGAUGAAGGAGACCGCUGAGAACUACCUCGGAAAGAGCGUCGGUAUAGACUAUAAUGAUUGAAUUUGUCGUUUUCAGGAUUGAGAACCGGAUAUUAUACAGGAGUCAGAGGAUUUCUAUGUCAGGAAAACCAACGCGGUCGCUGAACCUACAGCACGACUGCAUAAUCCAGGAUUAUUCCAUGGCUAGCGCAUGCCAAGGUUCAUCUGGAUGAAGGCAGGAACAUUUCUUUGUUGUCACGCCAGGAACUAGGAACAUGGUAAGUAGUAGUAAGUAAAGCACCACUGUCAUCUGUAAAAUCCCCACACUGAUAAUUCCCCUCCACUAUCGAUGAAUUAUCAGGUCACGCCGUGAUCACCGUGCCGGCGUACUUUUCGGACGCCCAGCGUCAGGCCACCAAGGAUGCCGGUGCGAUCGCGGGUCUGAACGUGCUCCGCAUCAUCAACGAGCCGACCGCCGCGGCCAUCGCCUACGGCCUGGACAAGCAGGCCGAGAAGAACAUUCUCGUGUACGACUUGGGUGGCGGUACCUUCGAUGUGUCGCUCCUGACCAUCGACAACGGCGUGUUCGAGGUGGUCGCCACCUCCGGUGACACCCACUUGGGUGGUGAGGACUUCGAUCAGCGGCUGAUGACCCACUUCAUGGAAAAGUUCAAGAAGUCCACCGGUGCCGACAUGUCCAAGGACAAGAAGGCCAUCCAGAAGCUGCGUCGCGAGGUUGAGAAGGCCAAGCGCGCCCUGUCCAGCACGCCGUCCGUGCAGGUCCGCGUCGAGGCCCUGUUCGACGGGAAGGACUUGGACGAAUCCCUCUCCCGGUCCAAGUUCGAGCAGCUCAACGCCGACUUGUUCCAGAAGACGCUGAAGCCGGUCCAGGACGUGCUGUCCGACUCCAAGAUGUAUAAAGAUUUGAUUUGUGUUGUGGUUUUGCUCUGUAUUGUUCUCGAUGUACUAGUAAGUUGUUUCUUCUGCUGCUCGUUGCGACGUCAAAUCGGUAAGUAUGCAGAAUACGCGGUCGUGUGCCGGCAGUCGCCGUGUGCAUGAUAUCCGCGAAAGAGUUUUGUAGAGAAGGAAGACAAGGUAGUAGGCUGUGAUGUGGAGCCGCUGCUAGUAAGGCAAGUUGGUCUGUUUCCAUGCGGAAUUAACAGUGACAAUCAUCCCCUAACAAGCGUAACCGGAAACAACUCUCAGGUCCAAGUCCGAGAUCCACGAGAUUGUGUUGGUCGGUGGUUCCACCCGUAUUCCGAAGGUGCAGUCGUUGAUCAAGGACUUCUUCAACGGCAAGGAGCCCAACCGCGGCAUCAACCCGGACGAGGCCGUCGCGUACGGUGCCGCCGUCCAGGCCGGUAUCCUGUCCGGCGAGGGCGGCCAGGACCUGCUGCUCCUCGACGUGACCCCGCUGACGCUCGGCAUUGAGACCGUCGGGGGCGUAAUGACCAAGCUGAUCUCCCGUAACACGGUGAUCCCCACCAAGAAGUUAUGCUGAGUAAAAACGUGCCCACCCGAGAACUGUCAUGCGAAUCUGCACGCCAAAAAAGUUUCUCAUGCGGAGCCCAAUGAAAGCCAUUUUCUAGUUGUGUUUUGGAACUUGUGAUGCUACAAUCAGCAUGGUAUGCCAGAUUUGUGAUGCUGCUGAACUCGCGAAGCAGGAUUAUACUAGGAGGGCAAACCUGUCAUGCGAAACAGCGAAAGCUGGUUGAUUUGUCUAGCAGAUUUCCCAUCUUGGCACUGGUGUGGGGACGUUUUUACUCAGGAUAGAAGUCCCAGAUCUUCUCCACCUACCAGGACAACCAGCCGGCAGUCAACAUCCAGGUGUUCGAGGGCGAGCGCCCGAUGAUAUCAAAUGUAAAAAUCCCUGGAUGUCUGGAAGAGUGCAUGUUUCUCAUGCUUGUCUGGCAUGACCGUUAAAUCUGUCAUGCACGUUGCCCAAGAGCCGCAUUUUUCUGUCAUGCGUAGACGCAAUUUGUCAUGCAGAAUAGGCAACACCUACAAGCUCAGAAAUUUGUCAUGCUGAGCCAGCACUUGUGCCCUCCUCAUGCUACGCCACUCAGCAUCACAAGUUUCCAGACAUCCAGGGAUUUUUACAUUUGAUAGAUGACCAAGGACAACCACUUGUUGGGCAAGUUCGAGCUGGGCGGGAUCCCGCCGGCCCCCCGCGGCCAGCCGCAGAUUGAGGUGACGUUUGAGAUUGACAGCAACGGUAUCCUGAACGUCGGCGCCGAGGACAAGGGCACGGGGAAGUCGGAAAAGAUCACCAUCACAAACGACAAGGGCCGCCUGACGGAAGAGGAGAUUGAGCGCAUGGUCCGCGAAGCCGAGGAGUUCGCCGAGGAGGACAAGAAGGUCAAGGAGCGAAUCGACGCCAAGAACGCCUUUGACUCCUACAUGCACGGUUUGAAGUCCGCGGUCGAAGGCGGGGCUGAUGGCAAGGGCUUGGGCGACAAGAUGGACGAGGAAGAUAAGGAGAAGGUAUUGUUCAAUAUGUUGUGCGUUUCUUGCAGAAUUUGAAUUGAAAUUCCAUAUCGAAAGUAAGUAGUACAAUUUGUAAUGCAGAAUUAUGACCUACUGCGAAGAAGCACAGUAACAACAACAAACGUCGGUACUAGUAGUAGUCACAAGCGAUGCGUAUUUUGUAAUGCGGAAUUCUGGGUUGUGAUUAGCGCUUCUUCUCUGCAAACUACAACAAUUACAACAACUCUAUCAGGUCAAGGAGGCCAUGGAAGACGGUACCUCUUGGAUGGACAGCAACCCGGAGGCCGACGCCGAGGACAUCAAGGAAAAGCACAAGGAGGUUGAGGGCAUCUGCGCGCCGAUCAUCUCCAAGUACUACCAGGGUGGCGCUGGCGGCGGCGCGGCCGGCGGUGAGGACGAUGACGAUGACGAGGCGCACGAUGAGUUGUAAGGGGAGAGCAAGGUCAUCUAUCGGAUGUGACGCACGAACAUCUUUUUCGGCGACAACUCGUAGCAGUACUACACAUGGAAUAAAACACGAAAAAAACGGCGACGCAUAAAAUGAACAACAUUUUUGCUGGUACAGAAUUUCUUUCUAGUGUACAUGGUGUCACUCGGUCGUGUUUUGCUUUUGUUGUACUUGCCUAUGGUUGAGAAGUUUCUGUGUCAGUCGACAAUUGAGCAAAGCAGUGAAUUCCUUAACAUUGAAAUUCUCAGGUAGAGCGCCAUCAUCGCUGGUUUCUACCAGAAAGAAGAAGUCACACGAAGAGAUUCGUCAUCACACGACCUGUAGCCGCUGCCUCGACGACAUCUUCGAGGGGAAGCUACACAAGCUGGACUCACGCUUUUUCACAUUCUACAUCGCAUCACCGCUGUUUGGAGGCUGUUAAGUUUGAAUGAAGUCAACUCUUUCUAUUACUGUAUCUUGUUAUACUGUUCUUUCCCUAGUACGAUUCUGUCUCCCAGAACUAGAACAGUAUAUGCGUACAAAAAGACAGGUUUCAUGUAUAAGUUUACCGUGACUUAUCUGACCACCUGUCCAUGAGCAGUAUCGAUUAAAGUGUUUACAGAAUUUCACAAUAGUUUUCGAUUUUUGUUGGAAGUUGGCGGUUCUAAUUUCCUAUCAUCGGAGACAACUCAAAGCACAAUGAUCGAGACUCAGUAGUUUUUACGGAAUUUCAACCACCCAUGUAGUUUUUGCUUCAUCACCCAUCACAGGAAAUGGUGCGCUGCAGAGCUUUCUGACCGCACAGCGAUUGCUUGGUAGACUCAAAAGAAGCGAGAUAUAUGGAACUAUCACAGAGAAGCUUACGAAAAAACUACUGUCGCGAAGCAUGUUCUCAUUCAAGUUCGCAUUCAAGAACCGCUUUUUCAAUAGGAAUAUUCCCUCGCUGAAAAUGAACUGUUGCGACGCAAUCGUAGUUAGCGCUCAACGAUUACUGUGCCUGGUAUGAUAAAUCCCACAGCCUGGGACCGUCAUAACGGUGCGCAUAUCACUUCUUGUGCUGAAAAACAUAAUUAUCCGCUUCGUUACAAUCCCAUCUUCGCUGUCGGUGUUGCUGCAGUGCAGACGGCACGAUUAUUCAGACCCGAGUCUACUAUUCAGCAGUGGUAUUGUUACAAUAACUUUUGUAGGCAAAAAUGUACACAGAAGCGAAGAGAUGGCAUUGCGGACGUUUCUCGCCGCCAUGUCUCAAUGAAUUUCUAAUGACAAAAUAACUUCUACUGAUGCUACACUACUACGCUGUUGUAAUUUGCUACGCUGCAAUGAAUGCCUUGCGCUGAAGACGCGAUGCCGAAAGACUUUUCCCAAAGACUGUAAUUUUACAAUGUACCCGAAAGACAGUGCCCUGUUUAAGAUUCGAAGAAUAAAGCAAGAAAACAGAUAAAAAAAUUGAAAAAGCCGCUUGUGCUGGGGAGCGACGCUAUAUCGUGGAAGCACCUGCGUAGCGCCGCCGUGGGGAUAUAGACCUGUGUAGAAGUAGUUAGAGUGCCUGUGGUAGAGGUGCUGCCUUGUUCGGAUAACUGCUUUUGCUGUCUUUUG